AUGAGGCGAAAUCUACUCAAAAAGGAAUUUCCUCAGCUGUUGAAUGUGCCGGCGACAGAAUGCAACUUAAACGACAUCGUUCUGAAUCUCGGUCAUUCUAAAGAGGUUGUCUGCUGUGCCUACUCCCUAGAUGGCCGCUUUGUCGCCUCAUCUUCGAGGGAUAAUACUGUACGCAUAUGGGAUACCUCCGAUGGUACCCAGAUCGGCAUGCUUGAUAGAUCUGAUUUGACUUGCGUGCGCUACAUUGCGUUUUCGCCAGAUGGAACGAAACUGGCUAUAGCCACCCAAAAAUCCAUCUCAAUCUGGACCUCGCUCGGUUUCUCGCAACAACCAUCUUCACUCGGUUCAGAUGAUGGUAUAAUUCAUUGUCUAAAAUUCUUGGAAGAUGGAUUAAUCGCUAUUGCAUUCUCUAAGACCAUCUAUAUUUGGUGCUCAAAGACCGGAAGUGUUGUUCAUAAACUUCUGGGGCAUACGAAGGAUAUUACUAGCCUGGCAUUCUCACUAGACCGCCAGUGUUUAGCCUCUGGGUCAGUAGAUAAGACUAUAAGGGUGUGGGAUACAAAAUCAUUCAAGCUACUAGCUACAUUGCAAGGUCACAAAAAACCCGUUACAUCCAUUUCUUUCUCGUUCGAUGGAACGAAGCUGGCCUCAGGGGCGCGCAGUCAGAUCAUCAACAUUUGGGACCUCGACAGUGAGGGCUCAGUUUCCAAAAAAUUGGCAGUGAGGAGCUCUGAGACAGUCGUGUCAGUACAAUUUUCGCCGAAUGAAAACAGCCUGGCAUCAGCCCUGUGCCAUGGCGAUGAGGGUACUGUCCGGAUAUGGGAUACUUAUACUUUUCCAGACGCACUAAAUGAAUCUGUUACUCCAAAAGACAGACAUACAUGUGCCAUCGAUUGUCUGAAAUUUUCUCAUAAUGGGAAAUUUAUUGCUUCUGCCUCUUGCGAUGGAAAGAUAUGCAUAUGGGAUGGAGAAACAGGACAACACCAAGCUUCCCUUGAGAACAAAUCCAACAGCCCCGCAUGGCUUUCAAUCUCACCGGAUGAUCAGAGUUUGGCUGUUUCUUCUAACGACGGAACGGUGAUGAUUUGGAAUACAGCAACUUGGUCUCCGAGACAGAAGCUCAUCGGCCACCGAGGCCAGGUAUCGUGUGCUCUAUUCUCUCCGGACAGGAAGUACGUAGCUUCAGGGUCAUUCGACAAGACCGUCCGGGUAUGGGAAUUGGAUUCAGUGGCGAACAAUGACGGAAUUAAAGAAACAAAAGAGGCCCUUGAGCUCAGCUGCGAAAAUGACAAAGUGGUUUCGAUCGCGUUUUCACCUGACGGCAGAAAAUUAGCUUCUUCUGCGAAUGAUGGUAGAGUCAUUCGAGUCUGGAACAUGGAAUCAAAGGAUAUU